AUGAGUUACCACUACGGCGCACCGCCACACCACUACACCAAGGUCUUUGGAACACCAUCUCCCUACGACCGCGACGAGUAUGUGCACUACGCGCCGCAGUAUGACGCGACGCCCAAAAAGCACACUCGAAAGGCCAGCUACAACCCAUCGCCCAGAGUCGGUGGUUGGUACUCACCUGCGGGUGCCCCACCCAACUACUAUGAGCCCAACGUCCAAUAUGCGGUACCACAGGAUGACAUCUAUGUGAGUGAGGAAAAGGGCAGAGCCCGCAGACAAGAAAACCAUUACAACACAUUUCCCACCUCAAGAUAUCAUACUCGUUCAUCAUCGCGCAAGCAGAACCAGCCCGUCUACAUCCACGACGAUGAGGCUGGAUAUGCAGACGUGCCGCCUACAUACAUCUAUCGGGAGCCAAAGACAAAACCAAAACAUGCAAGGAAGCCAAGCACUGACACGUACUUUUACUAUGGGCAGGCACAGAUCAUAGAUGAACAGCCCAAGCAAUCUAGAACUCGGCGCUCCUCAACCACCAGCAGAACAUCGCCUAAGUCAAAGCAGACGAAAUCAACACCGAAGGCAACCGAGGAAGACGCCAUUCGAGCAGGGAUCCCUUCAGGCUACUCCAUCAAGCAUUGGGAUCCGACAGAGUUGCCUAUCAUCCUGCUGGGAAGCGUGUUUGAUGCCAACUCUCUCGGGAAAUGGAUUUACGAUUGGACGGUUUUUCACCAUGGUGCAUCGACCCCGAUGGCAGACAUGGCUGGGGAGCUGUGGCUCCUGCUCAUCAAACUUGCAGGGAAGAUGAAGCGGGCAGAGGAAUGUGUUGGCCGUGUCCACAAUCUCGACAAACGAGAAACCGUCGAGGACUUCAUCAUCAGUGGCCACAGACUAUGGGACAAAUUCAAAGGGCUUCUCAAAGAGUGCGAACACUAUAUGCUGAAGGCGGCGAAGCGUGACGGCACAAAGACCAUGGGCAAGAAGGCAGGCACAGAGUUCGUCGACUCCAUCUUUGGACGCGAUCGUUACCUGGAAUCGACGGAGAAGAUAAUGAAUCAGGUCAGGCUCUGGAACAUGCGCUUCGAUGUCAACUGCGAGGAUACGCUGCGUCGACCCUCUGCUGCCUAG